AUGUGGCGGGCAAAAAGUUCUACCAUCAGAUCUACUGUGCAAGAUGGAUUUUUGGCAUUUCAGGAGCGAUCAAAAUCCAACCUAGCGUCAUUCCUCCAACCCUUUGAGAGCACUCUCUGGGUCCUAGUUGGUGUAUCAGUUCACGUAGUGGCUUUCUUCCUCUACCUUCUUGAUCGAUACUCAGCCAUCCGCCGUUUCCAUCGAGCCCGUUGUCAUAAGGCAAGUAAUAUCAACACCACCGUCAACAAUGAAAACGGUUGUAAUAACAGGGAAGAAGAGAAAGAAGAGGAAUUCAACCUUAGCUCCUCUUUGUGGUUCACUUGGGGAAUUCUGCUUAAUUCUGGCAUUGGUGAUGAAACACCCAAGGCCUUUUCAACGCGAGCUCUGGGCAUGGUGUGGGCGGGCUUUGCGAUGAUCAUCGUCGCCUCCUACACCGCCAACUUGGCGGCUUUUCUUGUGCUGGAUCGACCAGAGGCGUCCAUUUCGGGAAUCGAUGAUCCCAGAGUGAGCUUUCAGUUGUCUUAUUUUUAUUUGUAUUUUGGUAGUUCAAAUGUUAACAUAUUUAGAAUUUAG